AUUGCAGUUAAGUAAACGUGGCUUUAGCGGAAAAUUUCACCUCGACGGGGAAGGCCGCCCCGCCCCAUGAACCUCCCUAAUCCCCGGGGGACGGGCAGAGGUGGACCGGUCCAAGUUGUACGGUUGGGCUUGUUUUUGACGUUAAGCCCAACCUGGAAACAGACCGAAAAGGAGCCGAACGACUCGUCGUCCACACGAGCCUCCAUGAUCAGAUAUAGAGCCCUGGCUAUGGUUUCGCCAUCGCCAUUGCCGUCUUCUUCUUCUUCUUCUUCUUCUUCUUCUUCUUCUUCUUCCUUUUCUUCAAACCCUAAUUUCAUUACAUUCAGUUCCUCUUUCCCGGUUCUCAAACCAUCCCUUCCUCUCCCUUCUCUGCUCUCCUCUUUUCUCUCCGCUCUUCGGAAGCACACUCGGAGCAUGACUUAUUCCAGAUGUUUCUCCGGCUCUACUACCGCUGUUCCCAUUCCGAGCGCCUGUCACGCGGAGGAGACGGACUCUGUGUCCCUUGUUGUAGUGUCCUUCUACAAAUUUGCUGAUUUUCCUGACCAUGCACAAUUUCGCCAGCCAUUGAAGAAGCUCUGUGAGGAACUGCGUGUUUCAGGAGGUAUCAUUCUUGCACCUGAAGGAAUUAAUGGGAGCAUAUGUGGAUCUCGAGAAUCUGUCCAAAGGGUUCUUGGAUUCAUUGAAAGUGAUGAACGGCUAAAGGGACUAAGGCAGGUGGAAACACCUGUUAGUCCUGAAGAAGAAGCCAUCCAUCAUGGACAUAUUAGCAGUUCUCCUCUUGCAGCAGGGGAAGAUGCACCCUUCCGCUGGGAUCAUGUCAGAGUCAAAUUAAAAAAAGAGAUUGUUACUCUUGGAAUGCCUGUUAUAUCACCUGUUGAAAGGGUUGGAAAAUAUGUCAAACCAAGGGAUUGGAAUAAAUUGAUAAGUGACCCAGAUACCGUGGUUAUUGAUGUGCGAAAUCACUAUGAAACAAGAAUUGGGAAGUUCAAAAGCGCAGUUGAUCCUUGUACUACAGCAUUUCGGGACUUCCCAUCUUGGGUAGAGGAUAAAUUCCAAGUUUCUAAAUCAGAUCGGAAGCAUUCAAAUCAAGGAGUUGAAGAAGAUGCAGUAAACCCAGAGCAGAACGCGCCUCCACGAGUUGCCAUGUACUGCACUGGAGGAAUUCGUUGUGAGAAAGCUUCAAGUUAUCUCCUCAGUAAAGGCUUUAAAGAGGUUUAUCAUUUGGAGGGUGGGAUUCUGAAAUAUCUGGAGGAAGUUCCAAAGACAGAGAGCCUGUGGGAAGGAGAAUGCUUUGUAUUUGACAAGCGUGUCUCGGUUGAGCAUGGCCUGGAGCAGGGCACAUUCAAGCUUUGUUAUGGGUGUAAGCAACCGGUGAGUGAUGCUGACAUGGAAUCCCCCGAGUGGGAAUACGGAGUUUCUUGUCCAUACUGCUACUCAACGAAAUCUGAAGAAGAGAAGGAGCGGGCAAGAGCUCGGCAGAGGCAAUUUGAGACUUGGGGCAUCAUUGGGGGCCCGGACAAAGGUCGGUCACCCAAUCCAAGUAAUAACUCUGUUAAUCUUUCAAAUUCAAUUUGAAUUUACUGUGGUUCAGGUUGUUGAAAAUCAAAGUUACUAGGACUUAUCUCCUUUUCUGGGAAUCUUUUUCAUUUUUGUAUUAGAAUAUUACACAAAGGGAAGGUCAAAAUACACCUGAUAUUUUGUCUUCUGCGUACAAUAUACCAUUUUUGUUGAUUAUCACAUAAUCAAGUUGGAAAAGUUUGGAACUUGUUCACAGUCUCUGUGUCUCUCUGUUUCCAUGACACGUGAGCAAUAAAGCAAGCAGAAAAGAGAGAGAAAGAACAAACAGAAAAUUCGUGUCAUUAAAAUUGGUACAAGUAUGGCUCCUUAACAGAAUGAAAACACAGAAAAGAAAAAUGAUGACAGGUAAAAAGGGAUUGCCGAAGUUCCUCAGCCCAAAGCUGAGAGACCGCCUGCAUCCCACCAACAUGGAAGCUGCUGUGUUAUGGAGUGUUGCAGGAACAGCCACUGCUCUAUGGCUUGUACAGGUUAAAAGUCUUCUCUUGUGUCUGUUCAUCAAGAUUAUAUAAUUGGUUUUACUUUUCUUCUGUGGUUGAAACUGAAAAGCUUGCAGCCAUUUGACUGGUUGAAGAGGAAGCUUUGGGAGGAGGAGAAGAAA